CGACCCCGGCCGGCAGGGACGUCUGGGCGGCGGGCUAGAGGCGGCGGCGGCUCACCUGAGCGGCUGCUCUCCUGAGCGGCGGCCGGCGGCGAGGCCCAGGGCGAGGGUGAGGCCGGCGGUGCUGGCCACGGAAUGAGGAAGCGGACUGAACCCGUCGCCCUGGAGCAUGAGCGCUACGCCGCCUCGGGCUCGUCCUCCGCCGGCUCGGCCGCCGCGGCACUGGACGCUGACUGCCGCCUGAAGCAGAACCUGUGCCUGGCGGGCCCCGGGCCGGCCGAGCAGCGCUGCGCCGCCGACGCGGGCAUGAAGCGGGCGCUGGGCAGGCGAAAGGGCCUGUGCUUCCGACUGAGGAAGAUACUCCUCUGUGUCGUGGGGUUGUACGUGGCCAUUCCAUUUCUCAUCAAACUGUGUCCUGGGAUACAGGCCAAACUGAUUUUCUUGAAUUUCGUGCGCGUUCCCUAUUUCAUUGAUUUGAAGAAACCGCAGGAUCAAGGUUUGAAUCACACCUGUAAUUACUACCUCCAGCCAGAGGAAGACGUGACCCUCGGAGUCUGGCACACUGUCCCCACUGUCUGGUGGAAGAACGCCCAAGGGAAGGACCAGAUGUGGUACGAGGAUGCCUUGGCUUCUAGCCACCCGAUCAUCCUGUACCUGCACGGGAACGCGGGCACCAGAGGAGGCGACCACCGGGUGGAGCUUUACAAGGUGCUGAGUUCCCUUGGCUACCACGUGGUUACCUUUGACUACAGAGGUUGGGGUGACUCAGUAGGAACGCCGUCGGAGCGGGGCAUGACGUACGACGCACUCCAUGUUUUUGACUGGAUCAAAGCGCGAAGUGGAGACAACCCUGUGUAUAUUUGGGGCCAUUCCCUCGGCACCGGAGUGGCCACAAACCUGGUGCGGCGCCUCUGUGAGCGAGAGACACCUCCAGAUGCCCUCAUAUUGGAAUCUCCAUUUACUAACAUCCGCGAAGAAGCUAAGAGCCAUCCAUUCUCAGUGAUCUAUCGAUACUUCCCUGGCUUUGACUGGUUCUUCCUUGAUCCCAUCACAAGCAGUGGAAUUCAGUUUGCAAAUGAUGAAAACGUGAAGCAUAUCUCCUGCUCCCUGCUCAUCCUGCACGCCGAGGAUGACCCUGUCGUGCCCUUCCAGCUCGGCAGAAAGCUCUACAACAUUGCUGCACCGUCACGCAGCUUCCGAGACUUCAAGGUUCAGUUCAUCCCCUUCCACUCGGACCUUGGCUACAGGCACAAGUACAUCUACAAGAGCCCUGAGCUUCCACGGAUCCUGAGGGAGUUCCUGGGCAAGUCGGAACCGGGGCGCCAGCACUGAGUGUUACUCGCCACCUGAAGGAGCAUGAAGAUGUCUGCCGUUGUCCCCCCGCUUCCUCCGGCCAGCCCGGCACCCUGGAGAUGCGCCUGGAGAGAACUCGGAUGCCCGCGGGCCAGGCAGAGGAAGCCCUGGCAGACCUGAGGCACCCGCCCCGGGUGGCUGGGAGCACGGGUCUCUGUGGACAGC